CAGCACCUGGGUCAAUAAUACCCGAUACAGCGAUCUUCGAGUUGGCAACUGUUUGACAAUAUAUCGUUUACAGGAACUGAAGGUGAUUCGCGAGCGUUGCUAGGGGCUUCCUAUAGGGGGUGCACACCUCCGAUUUAACAAGAACAAGAUUAUCGCUACUCGUCACAAUGUUUGUGUGUCACCCGUCGACAGUGUCAUAGCCACCAGACGUUACUAUAGUGACGUGACUACUGUAUGUGUGAGAUAUAAUGUAGUACUUCAAGUGUACACAGUGAGAACAUGGCGAAACGGAAGUACUGUUCAACGGUGUUCUUGUUUAUUGCAAUAUGUAUGACUGGUUCGGUGUUUCUUGUAUACGUCUGUGUUAAUACCAUUAAUACCUACGUUGUUCCGAUCACAAGGGUGCCUGAAAUCUAUGCAGAUAUCAGGAACAGUGGAUUGGGUGAAAUUAUCGAGAAAGUACAAAAAAAUAUUACAAUCAACGCGACAGUUGUCAAAGACAUUCCGGUUGUCCAAGAAGUCAUAAAGAGAAUAGACCAUCCAGUACUUAGCCACGCAUACAAAAGAAUCUCAAAAAUCAGGUUAUACCAAACCGAAUUGCGUAAAAAUUUAACAGCAAUAUUAAGCAGUCUUGAAAAUUGGAAAAUGAACAUGACACGCAUACAGGAAAUAAGGAAUGCUUUGAGCAAAAUGAACGGACCGACCUUCAUGUUCACGCAGUCCACAUCUCCAAUCGGUAGAAAAUAUUACAACUCGUUUAUUGAUGAUCCUGUUGUUAUUGAUAAAUAUAAACGGACGCUGCUGCCGAUGGUAUCGCCUUUUACGACGAAGCGAUUAUUCAGAACGUGUGCUGUUGUCGGUAACGGUGGUAUCCUGAGACACAAUAACUGUGGGCAAGAAAUCGAUUCCCACGAUUACGUAAUAAGGGCUAACUUACAACCAAUCCAACGAUUUGCCAACCUCGCUGGAGCCAAGACCAAUUUAACCAGUAUUAAUCCAACCAGAAUUCGAGAUAGAUACCAAUCUUUGCACUCUGUACAGAGUGAAAGACGAUUUGCUCGCGACUUGUUGGAAUAUGAGGGCUCCCUGCUGUGGAUUCCAAACAGUAAAUCCGUUAACAACAGCGUGGCGUUUAAAGUCGCCCGUGUCGUGCAGCAGAAUACCACACUGCAGAUAUUGUUAGCAGACGCCAAACACUUUAAAUUAUUGGAGAACUAUUGGAAAUCAAAAAAGAUGCUAUCAUCAGGCAUGGCAUUGGUGAGUGUAGGACUGUCUUUAUGUGAAGAACUGCACCUCUAUGGUUUCUGGCCGUUUAAGAUAAACGCGAAUGGAGUGCCCUUAGCGAUGCAUUACACCAAUGAUAUAAGGUGGUCGUCGUACGCCAACUCACACGAUUAUCCGUAUGAAUUCCAGCUGCUAACAAGGCUUCAUCAAGAUGGUGUUCUCCGACUGCAUGCCAAAAAGUGUACGUACGUGUAAUAGCCGGGCUUUUCUAUUGACGGUGGGUUACUAGUUGGGACACGAAGCUCCACCAACAAUAUCCAUCAGUAUCUGUUGGCAAAGUACUUCACAAUACAUUGGCCAAGACG